UCCGGAAACAGUCAGCUGUGAGCACCGCAUCAACUGAAAUGAGUUUUGAGUGGCCCUGGCAGUAUAAUUUCCCCCCGUUUUUUACGUUACAGCCCAAUGUUGAUACAAGACAGAAGCAGCUGGCGGCAUGGUGCUCCCUGGCUCUGUCGUACUGCCGGCAUCACAAACUCUACACCUUGGACGUCAUGGAGGCUCAGGAAAGCCCCGUGUUCAACAACAAGAAGAUAGAACGAAAACUGUCGAUGGAGGCAAUUCAAGUUGUUUUCGAGGAACUGAGGAAAAAAGGCAACCUUGAAUGGUUGGACAAAAACAAGUCCCGGUGUUUAGUCAUGUGGAGACGGCCAGAGGAAUGGGGAAAGUUAAUAUACCAGUGGGUUUCCAAAAACGGGAUGGUCAACUCUGUGUUUACACUUUACGAGCUGUCCAAUGGUGAUGACACAGAAGGGGAAGAGUUUCACGGUUUAGAAGAGUGGAUGCUGCUGCGCUCGCUGCAGGCUUUACAAACAGAAGGCAAAGCAGAGAUCAUCACCAUGGACGACAGCAAGGGCGUCAAGUUCUUCUAAAACGGUGCUGGAGUCACUCGCUCUGUCUGGGAGCCAUCAUACUUUACCUGAACAGGGAAAUUUUUAAAAUCUAGCCUCUUUAGGCUACACAAGGUGAACCUAAAUACCCAGCAUGGAGGAUGCUGGUCCUGCAGUUGUUGUUGCCUUUUGGUUUGCCCGAGUUCAAAGCCUUUUUAUUGGAAGAGAAAGUUUAUCAUUUGUAUGUGUUCAACGGGGGAAAAAAGCAUUUUUAAGUGGCGGUGUGUUCAAAGCUGUCACUGUGAGGUAAAGCUGUUGCCAUUUAAAGAUGCAAUGAGUCUAUCAGGGGAGUAAAUGUCUUUUCUGAUUCUUUUAGGGGAAAUCUUUUCCCACCAGCUGUAACUUCUCUUUCUUUCCUGUAAAUAAGACUAGUUUUAUCCUGACUUCUCCCUGUUAACACGUUUCCUCUGUAUAAUUAGCUCGGCUGAUGUUCCUCUGCUGCCAACACAUCCCAAAGAAAUCCCAGAAUGCAACACCAGGGGGACUUUUUAUUUUUAGAAGACAUGCUUCCAGAAGGGGAACACUGCAGGGAGUCGGACCAUCAAUCCUCAACUCAGCUGAGUUUAAUAAUAGUGGACUUCAUGUACAGAUUGCUGUCAUCCUAUUAUUGUGCAGUAGCUACUGUGACACUCCUGUUUUCCUCCAUUAUCUCUCUCUUACUGUAUAUUCAGCCUUCUUUUUUCAUAUCCUGUAGGAAAAUAAAUUAGAAAUUUGCUACA